AUGAAUUUUGCAUUUAGAGACACAUGUAAUAGAUGUCAAACAUUGAAGAAUCAAAAAGAUAAUGAAAAUAAGGGAUUCAAAUCUGCAUUGUUUUUAACAGAGAGCAAUGGUGAUAUUCCACCAAUAUCUGAUAGAUCUAAUAAAUCUUCUGGUGAGAUAAAAGAUAAUGGCAAUAAUAAGUUUUCAUUUGAUAAAUUACCAUCAAUGGAACCAAUUUUGAAAUAAAUUACAAAAGAGACAUGUAAAAAACAAUUAAAUUAAAAGAAUAAAAAUAUGAUUUAUUUGAGUUUGAAUGGUAGUGCUAAAAAUGUGAAAAGAUUAAUUAAUACUAUAAAAUUCACUGUGCUGAAUGCGGAGCUUAAAGGUACAGAAAAUUAACAGUAUGA